GGCGUGCCCAGCCUUGGGCGCGGGGCGGGUCGAGCGCGGAGGCGGAAGUUCCCCACCGGCUUGAGAGGGACGGCGCAGGCACCGCGAGCCACUUGUCAGCGCUGGUCUGAGGCGGAGGGUGCGCCGCGCGGGUCCGGAGAACUGCACAUCGAAUCCUUCGAACCAUGAGCAACUACAAUGUGUCAUUGGUUGGCCCAGCUCCUUGGGGUUUCCGGCUCCAAGGUGGCAAGGAUUUCAACAUGCCUCUGACAAUCUCUAGUCUGAAAGAUGGUGGCAAGGCAUCACAGGCACACGUCAGAAUAGGCGAUGUGGUUCUCAGCAUUGAUGGAAUCAGUGCCCAGGGAAUGACUCAUCUCGAAGCGCAGAACAAGAUUAAGGCUUGUACAGGCUCCUUGAAUAUGACUCUGCAAAGAGCUUCUGCUGCUGCCAAGUCUGAGCCAGUUGCUGUCCAGAAGGGGGAACCUAAGGAAGUAGUUAAGCCUGUGCCCAUUACAUCUCCUGCUGUAUCCAAAGUCACUUCCACAACCAACAUGGCUUACAAUAAAGUGCCACGGCCCUUUGGCUCUGUGUCUUCACCAAAAGUCACAUCCAUCCCAUCGCCAUCGUCCGCCUUCACCCCAGCCCAUGCCGCCACGUCAUCACACGCUUCCCCUCCACCUGUGGCUGCUGUCACUCCCCCUCCACUCUCUGCAUCCGGACUGCAUGCUAGUGCCAAUCCUAGUGCUGCCCAGUGUUCGUCUCCACCAAACACUGGUAAACCUGCAGUUCAUGUCCCACGGCAGCCCACAGUCACCAGCGUGUGUUCCGAGUCCGCUCAGGAGCUAGCAGAGGGACAGAGAAGAGGAUCCCAGGGUGACAUUAAACAGCAAAAUGGUAACCCUGGCACUGUGAAAAUUCCACCCAAACGCCCACCAAGAAAACACAUCGUGGAGCGCAACACGGAGUUUUAUCACAUACCCACUCACAGUGAUGCCAGCAAGAAAAGGCUGAUUGAGGACACUGAGGACUGGCGCCCACGGACUGGAACGACACAGUCUCGUUCCUUCCGAAUCCUCGCCCAGAUCACUGGGACUGAGCAUUUGAAAGAAUCUGAGAAUGACAAUGCGAAGAAGGCAAAUAGCACUCCGGAGCCUUCUCAGCAGUCAGCUUCACCUCUGAGCGCGGCGGAGAGCCUGGAGAGCCCAGGUUCAAACAGGCCAGUGGUGGCUGGCCUCAGGUCCGCUGCUGCUUUCAAGCCUGUAGGAUCCACCAGUGUCAAGUCACCAAGCUGGCAGCGUCCAAACCAAGCAGGUACCUCCAUGAGGAAAUGUGGGGAUGUCAGAAGCCAGCACACACAGAUAUGCUUUGGAUCAAAAGCACCUUCUACUGGGAGAAUUUCAAACAGUGCAAGCUCUUCAGGUACAGGGGCACCCAUGAAGCCAGCUGUGGGGCCACCCCAGCCAAGUGACCAAGACACUCUUGUGCAGAGAGCUGAGCACAUUCCGGCGGGCAAGCGGACUCCCAUGUGUGCCCACUGCAACCAGGCCAUCAGGGGACCUUUUCUCGUGGCUCUGGGGAAGUCCUGGCAUCCAGAAGAAUUCAACUGUGCUCACUGCAAAAACACGAUGGCCUAUAUAGGCUUUGUGGAGGAGAAGGGAGCACUGUAUUGUGAGCUAUGUUAUGAGAAGUUCUUUGCUCCUGAAUGUGGCCGGUGCCAGAGGAAGAUCCUUGGGGAAGUCAUCAAUGCUUUGAAGCAGACCUGGCACGUGUCCUGUUUUGUGUGUGUGGCCUGUGGAAAACCCAUCCGUAAUAAUGUUUUCCACUUGGAAGAUGGCGAGCCCUACUGUGAGACAGACUAUUAUGCACUUUUUGGAACAAUAUGUCGCGGGUGUGAAUUCCCCAUAGAGGCUGGUGACAUGUUCCUGGAAGCUCUGGGCUCCACCUGGCAUGACACUUGCUUUGUGUGCUCCGUGUGCUGUGAAAGUUUGGAAGGGCAGACAUUUUUCUCCAAGAAGGACAAGCCACUUUGCAAAAAACAUGCUCAUUCUGUGAAUUUCUGAAAAUCAACAGUUCCAGGAAAGAGAAGAAAUUUGAAGAAAAAGGAGGAAAAUUAAAAUUACCAUUUAAUUUUUAGUUUUAAUAUUUAUACGGAGUUCUAAAAUAAUAAUAAUAGCCCUGAAGGGAUAAACUCAAACAUUAAAAAUCAAAUCUGAGAAAACGUUUGCCUUCAGAAAGUCACAGAGUUUGGCAUUUGUCAUUCCUUGCCAGUAUUUUCUGCCCAUGAAAAUCAAUUUAUAAAAAUCAAUUUCCUGGCUAUUAAGUUCAUCUUAGAAUAAAUCAGCAAAGGAUUACAUUUUUAGAAUUAAAAUCUCUAGCCUCUAUGCUGAAAUGAUACUUUUGAGGUGGUAGCUAUGAGAAUCCACAGAAGGCAAUAAAAGUGCCUUAAACCUUACUAACAAGAAUAAUAGUUUAAUAAACCCAUUUUAUCUUUGGAGUAGUAAGUAGAAGUUUAAAUAAAUUUCAAGAGUAGGCAGUCUCUUUUUCUGUUCAGCGUAUGUGCUUGCUUUGGUCUUAUCAUUCGUCUUACCUUUAGUAAGAUGGAAAUUCUUGAUCAAUGCGUAUGAUGCCAGUAAGAGAUUCUGUGAUCUCUCCUGUUCUCCCAGAGGCUGCCAUGUUGCUUAAGGUCACAGACGCUGACCCCUCUUCAGAUAGAGCAGGUCGUUUGCAUUGUGCAUGGCUGCCUGGUCUAGACGGCCGUGCUUGCCGUCUCUUAGGCUGAAGAUAUUUCAGUAUCCUUGGACUCUGAUAGUCCUGUCUCCUUUUUAGAAAGGAGUAGGUAGAAGAUAAGGAAUUAGGGAAAUGAAGCAAUUGUAAGCAGAAACUUAAAAGAACUGUUUCCCGCCUUCAGAUGAUGAGCUGACUGACUUGCACAGCUAUGUCUCUCACUGAAGAUUCGAAAAUGCCUUGCCCAGUAAUUUUUCUUUUUUUUUUUUGGAUUGAGGGUUAUGAUUGAUAAAAUCCAACUAAAUAUUGUUACUGUGUUUUUUGCUCAUUUAAAAUUGUUCUGGGAUUUUGUUUCUUGUUUUUCAUUUGGGAUUCUUUUCUAUCAGUAAGUAAAUCCCCUCCAGCUGUGUGAUCACUGAGUUAGACAACUUUGGUUCUCUGGUGUUCGGUGGUAAGGAGGAAUCAUGAUGCAGUUCUCACAUUCCCCUGUCAUCUGUUCCUCACGAGUGGGUAGAGUAUCCUGCAGGGCACUGCUUAUAGUCAGGACAGGGACUGGAAGACAGCCGUGCAGCGUGGUUCACUCCCCAGGGAAAAAACAAAUGACGGCAUUUUGUAUUUUUCUUAUUGUUUCUACAAUGAAUAAAAGCCCAAGAUCCUGCUGAGUUAUAGCUUAAAUCUGUGGGGACAAGGUGCUUUUAGAAUCCAGAUAGAGUUCCCAGGGUCCUGCUGCCCCAUCACUCAAGUGCACUUGUACAUCCCGUGUGUGUGUGUGUGUGUGUGUGUGUGUGUGUGUGUGUGUGUGUGUGUGUCUUAGACUACAGUAUUUGUUUAACCUCACUAAGAACUUUCAAGGCAUCUGUCCUGAAAGCUGCUAGUCUAUGAUCUAGUAAAUGUGUACUACAUGAAGAUAGUAAUGGACUGGGACAUAAGCGAACAGCAAGGGUGACACCACAUUGCAAACCGAAAGCUUCUCCUGUAGCAGCCCAGGUUACCUCCUCACCUGUGCUUGUGGGAAGGCAGGAAGUGUUUUUGAAAGUCAGUGCUGGAACUUGAUACAUUAGGUCUCUCUGCUGCUGCACUGAUCAGUACCAGACUUGAUGGCUCAUGUGCGUUAGUUCAGAUCUGAAUGUCAGGCUUUGGCUUUAUACGACAAAAUGAGUGGGUGAUUUUGUUUUGAUGUGGUAGUUUUGUUUUGUCUCUUAGAUGCUGUGCAAAGAUAAUAUUCAAAAACUCAUUGGCAUUUGUAUAUUCAAAGACUUGUCUUCAACUUGGAUUUCUUAUAGAAGUAUUGUUCUCUAAGAUAUCAUUUUAAUUAAGUCUUUACUUCUGUGAGUUACUUGUAGAGCAUAAUGCUGCCUUUUAUAAUGCUGUAUUUCUCUGAAUUUAAUCUGUAAAAGGCUAGCACGUCCUAUUAAUUUGGCAUUGUGUCUUUAUUCUUUGCUGCCUGGUUUAUGGCAAAUUUUAUAUCCAUUCCUAAAAAGUGAACUCUGGGAAAAUGAGCUCUCACCAUAACCAGAUCUGUCUGUAGUGGGGAUUGGCUUGUCUCGUUUACCAGCGUGGGUCUUUAGCUACCUGGCACAGUGCUUUACCCUCUGACAAGCUCCCUGGGUAUUUAUGGCUUCUGUGUCAGUAGCAUUUUUUUUUUUCACUACUUUCACCUACAAACGCUGAGCUUUCCUCCUGCUGGAUGUAUGUUUCGAAGGCUGUACUCGAUAAACUCCAGAUGGAAUCCAUGGUGCAAGACUUUACAUCCCUCAUUCGAUUUCACGUUGUCCAGAUUUUUACGGGCCCAGAUUGAUUGUUUCUCUGUUGUCCUGUCUGACUGUUGCCAGUCAAGGUAGUAACCUGCUUGUGUUCCUGUGACUCCGUGCUUCCCCUUGGUAAGGUUACCUUCCCCAUGUAAAAACUGAAGCCUAAUUAUUUGGCCAUGGUAUUAAAACAAAAGUAACCAUUUGUUCACAAAGAGUUUGUAAACAAAAUCCUUUGAAUAUUGAUAUAAAACUAUGUUUAAAAUGAUCUAUGACAAAAUGUACUCUUUCCAAGGAGCUUCCAUAGAAAAGUCAUUACUGCAGUGUGAAUUCAGUGCAGCAUUAAUGUUCUUCGGCAUUUGCAGUUCAGUCAUCUCCAUGAUGCAGAGGAAACCAUGAGACAGUCUUACACAAAUGUAUUGCGUCCUGCCCCUCACCUCCAAAUGCUUAAGGUAUUGGACUCUUAUGUGUAAUGUGCCGAACCUGUCCAUGCUGUCUUUUCUUUCUUCACCUUUUAAAGUCUGUGUACAGCUGCUCUUUUGCUUUUGGAUAUAUUUUUAAUUAAAAAAAAAUCACAUGAGAAAUGUAAUCUGUGUAGUGAUGCUGUAAUGAGCAUAUACUCAAUAAACAACUGCCAUAAUGUCGA